AUGACAGCAGAUUCGAGUGAUGAGAUGACGAGUUUCGCAGGUGAAAUCUCUCUCCAGACCCGUCUUGGGACAGUUAUUGGUAGACAGGUUCAAACUUCAUUUAAUGGGAAGACUGGGAUAGUUAAUACAUUUCAUGGAAUUCCAUAUGCCGAGCCGCCUACGGGUAACAGAAGAUUCAGGAAACCCGUGCCAAAAGCGAACCUUCAGAGCCCAUACAACGCCUCUGAUUUCGGUCCUGCUUGUCCCCAGGACUUGUUCAUGAUGAUGGGAUGGGUCCCUGGAUACCCGUAUGUGGACGAAGAUUGUCUUUCUUUGAAUGUGUUCACACCAGAACAUGCAAAGUCACCUGGUAGCCAUGGAAAUUAUGCUGUGAUGGUAUGGAUCUAUGGUGGAGCAUACGUGAUUGGCCAGAGCAAAAUGUAUUCUGGAGAAAAUUUAACACUUGUUGGGGAUGUAAUUGUAGUGACGGUAAAUUACAGAAUAACUUCCCUAGGAUUUCUCAGUACAGGGAGUAGCAAGUACCCCGGAAAUGCGGGAUUAUGGGAUCAGCAAUUGGCAAUCAAAUGGGUUCAUGACAAUAUCGCCGACUUCGGAGGGGAUCCAAACCGCGUUACUAUAUUUGGAGAGUCUGCAGGGGGUUCAAGCGUUCUCUUUCAGGCAUUAUAUCCAGGAAACAAAGGUCUUUUUCAGCGUCUUAUCACAGAAAGUGGCAGCCCAUUGUGCCCCUGGGCUUACCAACCAAAUCCAAAGAAAUACGCAAGAAUGUUGGCUGAUAAACUCGGCUGUACAGAUCCUGAUCUUGACCUUGCUGUGGAUUGUUUGCAGCACCUUGACGCUAUGGCUGUUGUUAACAACAGUCGCGUGGGGUCUCAGGAUGACACUGUAUUUAGGGCUGAAUGGGUUCCAAACUAUGACAAUGACUUCAUUAGACGUUCUCAAGAUCAGAUGUUUGUUUCUGGAAUCGAUAUGUUUAAAGACUUGGAUUAUAUGGCUGGCGUUAACAACAAUGAUGGUGCAUUUGUAACAUUGUUAGCGAUACAACCAUAUAUGGUCAGCCAGAUUAACAAAAGCUUUAGCCAAGGUAUACCUAGAGACUUUUUCAAUAACUUUUAUAUCCCAAUGUAUUUCAAUGAUUACCGAGGAAACACUAGUAAACUGAUUAAGGAUAUGGUAGCAUUUGUGUACACAGACUGGAGAGAUUUACAUAAUGACAAUUACACAAGACAGAAAUUCUUAGAAUUUUCUGGUGACUAUAAUUUCUUUAUGCCGAUUUUAUCUAGUAUAAGAGCGCAUGCUCAUACUCCAGCAAAGUCUAAAUCGUUUCUGUACGAGUUCCACGUGCGGGCUACUUUCAACAAAUCCCCGGCAUGGGUACAGGGAGCCAACCACGGAGAUGAGUUACCGUUCGUUUUUGGUUUUCCGGAUUUGAUGGCGGAUGGAAUGGGAUUCCGAAAUAAUGUUCCGGACAAUGAAAAACAAAUUUCCACAAAUAUGAUGAUAAUGUGGAGUAACUUUGCCAAAACAGGAAACCCAAAUUUUCCAGUCACCGUCCCAGAGUCUAUAGUUUGGCCAGAGUACAAUCUCGAAACUAAACGCUUCCUGAUGAUUGAUGAGAACAAAUCGUCUGUCUCACAAAACCUAUUUGGUGCCAGAGCCUCGUUUUGGCUUGAACUCGAACCACAGAUGCAUGCUCUUGAAAUGACAGAUUCAAAUGUUCAUCACGAAACGGGUUUAGGUAUACCUAUUAUAGUUGGAUGA